AAGAUGGCGGCGGCGCCUCCAGAUGAGGCUAGCCUACAGUCUCGCAUCAACAAGGCCACCAACCCUUUGAACAAGGAGACAGACUGGGACAAUAUCAAGGGAUUUUGUGAUCAGCUCAACAAUGAACCAGAAGGUCCCCAGCUCGCGACCAGACUUCUGGCCCAUAAAAUCCAGUCUCCUCAGGAGUGGGAGGCAAUGCAAGCGCUUAUGGUUCUUGAGACAUGCAUGAAGAACUGUGGAAAGCGAUUUCACAGUGAAGUGGGAAAGUUUCGCUUUCUCAAUGAGCUCAUCAAGGUGGUCUCGCCCAAGUAUUUGGGCACCCGGGCUCCAGAGCCAGUGAAAAAGAAGGUGCUAGAAAUGGUGUACAGCUGGACGGUGAGGCUGCCUGAUGAGACCAAGAUAGCAGAUGCCUAUCAGAUGCUGAAAAAACAGGGCAUUGUCAAGCUGGAUCCCGAGCUUCCUGACGACAAGCCCCUCCCACCCCCUCCACCCAGAGCCAAAAGUGCCGUCUUUGAGGACGAGGAGAAAUCCAAGAUGCUGUCCCGCUUGUUGAACAGCACUCACCCUGAAGAUCUACGAGCAGCAAACAAGCUCAUUAAGGAAAUGGUCCAAGAGGACCAGAAGCGCGUGGAGAAGGUAUCAAAGCGGGUGAACGCCAUCCAGGAGGUGAAGGAGAGCGUCAGCCUGCUGAGCCAGCUGCUGGAGGGCUACAGCAAGGAGAGCUGCUCCCAGAGCAACCAGGAGCUCAUUAAAGACCUGUACCAGCGCUGUGAAAAGAUGAGGCCCACACUAUUCCGAUUAGCAAGUGACACAGAGGAUAGUGAUGAAGCUUUAGCGGAUAUCUUACAGGCCAAUGACAGCCUGACGCAGGUCAUCAACCUGUACAGACAGCUGGUAAAGGGGGAGGAUGUGUCAAAGGAUGGCAUAACCAUGCCCUCACAAACAGGCAGCAGUAGCUCAGCGCUUGUAGACCUGAUGGGACUUAACGCAUCAGCCAACGCAGCACCUUCCAACCCGGAGCCCUCCAGCCUACAGACCCUGACUCAGAACGUGGGCAUCAGCCUCUUGGACGAUGAGCUCAUGUCGCUGGGACUGAAUGUGGCAGAAAACUGUGACUCUCAGAACACUUUCCAGUCCUCUGAUGGUAAUGAAUCAUCUGCUACGUCGGUCCCUGCUGCGGUGUUGCUACCAGCUGUGCUGCAAACGCCCCAGGCUCCACCAGUAGGGGGCUCUACUGCUCCACCUAAACCCAUGGAGGAGCUGGACUUGUUGGGGAAGACAUUGUUACAGCAGUCCCUGCCUCCAGAGAGCCAGCAGGUCAAAUGGGAUAAGAUCCAGCCUCAAUCGAGAGUCACCUUGCGAGAUCUGCAGAAGUCCAGCGCCAACUCUAAACCUGCUCCAAAUGCAACCACCACCUCCUCUGGUUCCACUCCUGCUCCAGGGGCCACGUCCAACCUGGCCGUCCAGUCAGAGCAGCCCGACACUCUCCUCCUCUCCAACCUCAGUGUCACGGCUGCUGAGAAAGGCUCAGCCGCUGCCGCUGAGCCCUACGACAGCAUCUCUCUCGCUGACGUCACCGUGCCUCUGGAGUCAAUCAAACCAAGCAGCUUAUUACCAGUGACUGUAUUCGACAAACACAGCCUCCGGGUUUUGUUCACCUUCGCCCGUGACUGUCCUCCGUCGCGGCCUGACGUUCUGGUGGUGAUCAUCUCCAUGCUGUCCUCGGCCCCCAUUCCUGUCACCAACAUCCGCUUCCAGGCAGCUGUACCAAAGGUGAUGAAAGUGAAGCUGCAGCCUCCCUCUAGCACUGAGCUCCCAGCCUUCAAUCCCAUUCUGCCUCCAGCCGCCAUCACACAGAUCCUGCUGUUGGCUAACCCUCACAAGGAAAAAGUACGUUUGCGGUACAAGCUGACUUUCAACCUGGGAGACAAAUCUCACGAUGAGUCUGGUGACGUGGACCAGUUCCCGCCUCCUACCACCUGGGGGAACCUUUAGUGCGAAUGACCAACCUCCUGUCAUCUGACCUGCUGCUUCCUUUAGAUUUAGGUUGAAGUUGUCCCUCAUCGCUGACUUGAGGCAAGACGGCCUCUUUACACUUCAGCGGCGUCAAACUCCGGUUUGGUGAUCCAGACUGACAUGAGAGCAGUUGUGGGAACCAGCUUCUGCCUUGUGCCUUCCUUCACAGCCUUCCUGUCCUCAUUUGAUCAUCUCCAUGUUCCUGUGUUUUGCAGCUACUUUUUCUUCUUCCAACGAUCAGAGCAACACAAACUACACAGCAAACUGUCAGAAACAUUGAUUCAAUGCAGUGACUUUUAAGGGAAAGGGAGUUGAGCCUUUUAAAACCGAAUGUGUGCAUUUGUCUGAUUUGCAUACUGUAUAACAAUCCUCUCAGAUGUCCCACGUCAUGUGAAUUACAUGUAACACGUCUCGUAUUAUUUCUGUUGUUUACAGAACCCCAGUGCUCAACCUAAAGCAAGUGUCUGAUGCAUUCCUACAUUUCAGAGCUUACAUUGUCAGCAAAAAUGUCCAACAUUCAGAUUAUUGUCAGCUUGUGUGUCCAGUGUUUUAUUCUGCAUGUUCAGAGUAGGGUUGCAACAAAUCAUUAUUUUCUUUCAGUCCACUUUUCACUUCAGCUUUAAGUCAGUUAAAUUCUGAAAGGGAUCUCUUAAAUGUGUUUACACUGUGGCAAACAGUACAAACGGUCAAUGUUUUCAUCUUAUGAUGUGGAAUAGUUGGUAUUUUUACCAACCAAAUUCAUUUCCUAUGAAAUGAUGAAUUGGUUAAUUGGCUAAUUGUUCCAGCACUACUUCAGUGUUCAAGGAAGAACAACAGCAGUGCAUCAUAGUCAGAUGGCACCAUGCUCAACUCACUUGCAAACCAGCUCCCUGUAAUGAAAAGUGUGUUAUUUGUCAAACACAGAGCUGCAUAGGGAAAUUACGUAGCUAAAUUUAAUUAUGAACACAUUGAAAUCAUUGAUGUGGUUUUCCCUUUUAACCAGUGGAGACAGCUCGGAGUAUGAGGACUAUCAGGUGAACCCAGCUGGUGUGUCCACGUAGCAUACGUAAUGAAUUGGUACACAGCCUGAAAAUAUCGUCUUGGUUUUAAUAUUAGCUAAUGCUUUGAAAAAUUAUAGUUGGGCAGUGUGACAGCAGGCCUUUUCCACAGCAGACUUGUCGCAGGAGGAAAAGCACAAGUGUUACUAGUAGCAUGAAUAAUGUCUCAGUGUGACAGUGAGCCUGUAUGAACAAUACAUGAGCGUGCACUGAAGCAGAUAAAUGCUGAUCACUGAUCACUGAUCUGUGCUUUUCCUGCUGUGACAAUGGGGAAAUUUAGCUUUUAAUUUCUGCACUUUUCUUUCGUUUUCAAGAUUUGGGGACACUUUGACUUUGCGUUCCUCUCAGGAUUUUGAUUUGGAGAUUUAUUUUACACAUGCACUUACUUUCUUUAAAUGUUGCACAUGAAACCAUUCCCCAUUACAUUGUCUGCUCUCAUUUGUUGCCUUUCUAUCGUUGAAUUGACCCAAAGAGGGACAUGUGAAGUCCUGAGUCAACAUUGCUGACAUCCGCUUUGAUUCUACCACAUGUGCCUGGGAUGAAACGUUUGAUUUUUAUUUGCUUUGUACAUAUAUGUAUACAAAUCAGUAGUUUAAGCUCUGUUUUUUUUUUCAUUUGUUCAUGUCCUCGUCAGAAAAAGACUUUGUGAAACAAAUGAUACAACAAAUAAUGUUACUGAAUCAUCCUAAUAUCCACAGUCAUUGAGUUGAUUGGAGCACGGGUCUAUGAUUCCCUCUUAGGGUCAUAAAGACUUAAAUAAAAUGAGUUUGGAGGCAGACUGGUUCCACCUGAGAAAUAAGACUUCAAUAUAUGUGAGACUCCAAAUGUGUCUAACUACAAUAGUGAUGGAGCUGGAGACUCAGUUUGUAUCACGGGGAUCAAUAUAAGAAUUACUCACUGAGUAAUAUUCAUUCAGUUGUGCCCUUAUACUUGAAAGCAAGUGGUACAUUUCCUAUGGCAGAUUAACCCACAUCAGCAGUCAUUGCACAGUGCCAUUAAUCAUUCUGGUAGGCUGUUUUAUAAUACUAUGAAUCAGGUAUUUCAUUUCCAUAGAGAUAAGAGCUUUUAUUUGUUUACAGAUGUAUUAACACUGCUAACUUGUCCAUGACUGGAAGAAAGCAAUAAUGAGACAAAAAAGUAGCCUCAGUAACCACCUUUCAGUCCUUCAUGGCUGAUGCAGACUGUAAAUAAUGAACAUUUGCACUCCUUGCAUGAUGUACUGGAAACUGUACUGAGGGGUCAGAUUCAGCUCAGAUUUAUGUUGUGGAAGUCCACACAUACACAAAUUGUUGUUCAUCGCUGCCUCCAUCUCCACAGCAUCAUCUUCUUUGUGAUGCAUAGUGGCACAUUCUUUUGACUGGAAUAGCAUUAAUCAGUAGAUGUUCAAAUUAGUCCAGUCUGGCUUCUUGUGGGAAGAUUAUGAUCACUCUUCCUUCUCGACCAAGGUCUUGGCUUCAGGUAUUAACCCAGCAAGUAAUCUGAUUUGUCAUCCCUGUCUACACAGAUGAAACUGGUUUAAGUACCAGCUUUUGCACUGUUGUAGUGACCACGAAAACUGUGAUUGCCUGAAACAUGAGAUAAGGAACUCAUGUAUUGUAGCCAUGUUAUUUCAUGCCUUGCUCUAGUAGGCACUGAGAUUCAUUUAGAGGUACGCUAAAAAGUCAGCAAUUGCGGAGUCCCCUUUAUAAAACCUUUUACAGAUGUAAAUCGCUGUUCUUGGUAACCUCAGUCUUUCACCUCCAUGCUUCAGUUUGCAGUAGACUGCAAGAAGUCACUAAAACGUGGUCACGGACUGUGCACGCAAUGCUGUCAAUUUCGUCCAGCUGUGAAAAACCUAAAUCAGACUGGACCUCCCGCAUGAUCUAAGACUGGCCAGAAGAAAACUAAAAACUUAACUUUCAAAGUCAGGCAAUCAAUUAAUCUGGAUCCAGAUUUUUAAGAUUACGUGUUAUGACGUGGUUUAUACAGACACGUUUCUGAGGGAGGGAACCAGUCUUUUCCAUUUGUGCUCCUAAUGUGAAUAAAAGCUUCAUGCCAUUAUAAAUAUUUAACAGCAACAAACAUGUAAAUACUGCUGGGUACAAAAUGAGAAUGUACUACAAAUGUGUAUUUAAGGCAAAUAAAGUCAUCUG